AUGAGCUGCGGUUACGUCCUGUGCACCGUGCUGCUGUCGGUGGCUGUGCUGCUGGCCGUGACGGUCACCGGGGCCAUCUUCUUCAUGAACCACUAUCACACGCCGGUGACCGAGCCCCCACCCGUCAUCAGCACCAACCCUGACGAAGACAACAGCGCCCUGGUUACCAUCGAGAAGGCAGACAGCUCCCGCAUCAACAUCUUCAUUGACCCGCGGUGCCCGGACCACGCCGACAAUUUUGCCCGCCUGGAGGGUGCCCAGGCCUCUGUGCUUCGGGCCCUCACGGACCGAGAAACUGAGUUCAGGGCCGCUGGUGGUCGGGAGCAGGCUCUGCUGGCCACGCUGGCUGAUGAGGUCCCCAAGCUUUUGGCCCAGGCCAUCGAGCUCCAGGAGGACUGUGAGGGCCUGAAGAGGGGGCAUGGCACUCUGGGCCAGGGGCUGAAUGCCCUGCAGAACGAACAGGGCCGACUCAUUCAGCUGCUCUCAGAGAGCCAGAGCAACAUGGCCCACCUGGUGAGCUCCGUCAGCGACGUCCUGGACACUCUGCAGAAAGAUCGAGGGGCCGGACGUCCUCGAAUCAAGGCCGACCUGCAAAAAGUUCCCUCCAGAGGGGCCAGGCCACGGGGCUGCUCGAAUGGUUCCCGCCCAAGAGAUUGUCUGGACAUCUAUGCCAGUGGCCAGCAGGAAGAUGGGAUUUAUUCUGUUUUCCCCACUCAUUACCCCUCAGGCUUCCAGGUGUACUGCGACAUGAGCACUGAUGGAGGGGGAUGGACGGUUUUUCAGCGUCGGGAAGAUGGUUCUGUCAACUUCUUCCGUGGUUGGGAGGCCUACAGGGAUGGCUUUGGCAAACUCACCGGAGAACACUGGUUAGGGCUCAAGAGGAUUCAUGCUCUGACCAUGCAGGCCACCUACGAGCUGCACAUAGAUUUGGAGGACUUUGACAACGGCACUGCCUAUGCCCACUAUGGAAACUUUGCUGUGGGAUUGUUCUCUGUGGACCCAGAAGAAGAUGGCUACCCCAUCACCAUCUCUGAUUACUCGGGCACCGCAGGUGAUUCCUUCCUGAAACACAACGGUAUGAAGUUCACCACCAAGGACCAAGACAAUGAUCAUUCAGAGAAUAACUGUGCUGCCUUCUACCAUGGGGCCUGGUGGUAUCGCAACUGCCACACCUCCAACCUCAAUGGUCAGUACCUCAGGGGUCACCACUCCUCCUAUGCGGAUGGCAUCGAGUGGUCCUCCUGGACAGGAUGGCAGUAUUCCCUCAAGUUCACUGAGAUGAAGAUCCGGCCAGUCAGAGAGGAAAAUUAG